AUGGAACAAGAAUCCAAAGAGCAGGAUCAUGCCGACUGGCGUAAAUUCAUCAGAUACAACGUCUUGAUGACGGAUCUCAAGACCCUCGCAACUCAGUUCAUCGCAAGAUUCGAUCUUCAAAGCAAGAGCGCUGCAUAUGAUGCAUUGAAACCUACUCCGCUCAAGCAAUUGUUGGGACGGGAUUCUUGCCAGAUGAUGUGUUGCAAGAUGGAGAAUGCGGUAGUCCAGGAUCGCCACCUGUUGCCCAUCAACAACGUAGAGGUGAAAGAGCUGCGCAUCGCAAGGGAUGAAGCAAAGAUGGAUGAUCCAGGCUAUCCGCUUGGAUCGGACCACUUUGCAACUCUAGGACAGGAGAUAAACUGGAACGUUAACGACACCGAUAUGAUUCAGAAAUUCCGUAAAUUUCGUGCUGGAAAUCAAUGUCCAUUCUUGUUGGCACGCGAUGGCAUUGCUGAUUUGACGCAGGAGUCUCCUUUUUGUCAAACGUUGGAUUCGACGUUGCUUUCCAUUGUCAGACGUGUGGAACCCCGCCCCAAGCAUUGGCCGACGCUACUUCCUAUCUGCGAUCGCGUUUUUGUGUCGAACAGUUAUGAUGAAGUGGCGCGCGCCAUUCGCUCUGAAAGCAUGAGUGAUCCCAUUGCGGCGUAUCUUUUUGUUGUAAUCAUGGCGUACUGGCAAUACUUCCAGUUUCAGGACGACAUACCGGAAAACAUCAACGAACGAGAAGGAUUCGCUGGAUUGACGUGGACUUUCAUGCAGACACCAUUAUCAAUGUACGGGAUUCAAACAUGCUACCUCGAAGUUCUUAUUACAGCGGUCGAGGGCAGGAAAAACCAAGACAAGGAUCAUUUCGUGGAUGCGAAGGAGAUUGGGCAGUAUGCAGAUGCAGUUGCUGUUCACAACAAUCAACAGCUGUUUCUAGCUGAGGCAGCCUCUGUUCAUCGCCCCAAGAGUGAGAAGCGCCGACAGGAUGAGUUCAAACUGGCAAAGGCUAUGCGGGAUGCAUGGAUUGAACAUGUCGGGUCGAUAAGUAGACUGGCGGUUCCUCAUCGUGGUCUGGCCGUUUUUGGAUCUGUAUCGUUCAAGAAUGAGACCAAGCUGUUACGCAUGGAUUUUCAAGGUGCAUUCCGGCUUCAGCAAUUUGAUCUGUUCAUCAUCCCGUUGAACAAGGACGACUUUGGCGGCAAGAUGAGGGCGGCGAUUAUCAGUUUUCUUGAGUUAGCAGCUCGCCUGCAUCAGGAGACUGAGCGCCGUUGUCAGCCCCCUGUUGCCCUCGGCUACAAUGAUCGAACAGCAUUGGCUGACGCCGGCAUCAAGCCAAAAUUCUGA